GCAGGGGCCCGGCCUGGCCCGGCUCUGGAGCUGCUGCUGCCUGGUGCUGGGCUCCUGGAGGGCUUUGCUCGCCUGCCCCGCGCCUUGCACAUGCAGCGCCUCGCGGAUCUGGUGCAUCGAGCCCGCGCCGGGCAUCGUGUCCUUCCCGGUCUUGGAGAGAAGCGCCGAGCGGGAGAACAUCACCGACAUUUACAUUGCAAACCAGCGGAAGUUAGAAAGUAUCAAUAACAAUGAAGUUGGACUUUAUGUUGGACUGAAAAAUCUAACCGUGGUGGAUUCAGGUUUAAAGUUUGUGUCCCGUCAGGCAUUUCUGAAAAACACCAACCUGCAGUACAUUAAUUUCUCCAGAAACAAGCUCUCAAGUUUGUAUAAGAAGACUUUCCGCCAUCUGAAUUUGUCUGAUCUGAUUCUAGUGGACAAUCCGUUCAAGUGUUCCUGUGAUGUUAUGUGGAUCAAGAUAUUUCAGGAGACCAAGUUUUCUAACACAGAAACUCAGGACUUUUAUUGCAUCAAUGACAACAACAAGAGGAUACCCCUAUCAGACAUGCAAAUCCCGAACUGCGGCUUACCCACAGCAAACUUGAGUGUUUAUAACUUUACUGUUGUGGAAGGAAGGAGUGCUACACUGUACUGCGAGGCUACUGGAGUGCCAUCUCCCAAUGUCUCCUGGGUUGUCCCUAAUCUUGUUUCAAAACAUGAGAGUAAUACAAGUAAGAACCCUGCUUCCCUAACCAUAAGGAAUGUUUCAUCUAAGGACAGUGGAAUACAGAUUUCAUGUAUAGCAGAAAAUAUUGUGGGAGAAGACCAAGCUUCUGCUGACCUUGUGGUGUUCUUUGCACCAAAUAUCACAUUUAUUGAACGUCCAACCUUGAACCACCACUGGUGCAUUCCAUUCACUGUGAAAGGAAACCCUAAGCCCACAUUGCAGUGGUUCUAUGAAGGGGCUAUACUGAAUGAAUCUGAAUACAUCUGUACUAAAAUACAUGUUAGCAAUCAAAGUGAAUAUCAUGGCUGCCUUCAGUUGGACAACCCUACCCAUUUGAACAAUGGUGCUUAUACCUUACUGGCGACGAAUGAGUAUGGAGAAGAUGAAAAAAGGGUUGAUGCUCAUUUCAUGUCAAUGCCUGGAGAUGGUAAUGGCCCAAUCUUGGAUCCUGAAGUUUAUGAUUAUGAAACCACGCCUAAUGAUAUUGGGGACACCACGAAUAACAGUAAUCAAAUCACUCCUCCAGAUGUUUCCAACAAAGAGAAUGAAGAUAGCAUCACUGUGUAUGUUGUGGUUGGGAUUGCAGCAUUAGUGUGCACUGGCCUAGUGAUAAUGCUCAUUAUUCUGAAGUUUGGAAAACACUCCAAGUUUGGGAUGAAAGGUCCUUCUUCAGUUAUCAGCAAUGAUGAUGAUUCGGCAAGUCCCCUCCAUCACAUUUCAAAUGGAAGUAACACUCCAUCCUCUUCUGAGGGCGGCCCAGAUGCAGUCAUCAUUGGAAUGACCAAGAUUCCUGUCAUUGAAAAUCCCCAGUACUUCGGAAUCACCAACAGUCAGCUUAAGCCAGACACCUUUGUUCAGCAUAUCAAACGACACAAUAUUGUUCUAAAAAGGGAGCUGGGAGAAGGAGCCUUUGGGAAAGUCUUCCUGGCCGAGUGCUAUAACCUGUCUGCAGAGCAGGAUAAGAUCUUGGUGGCGGUAAAGACACUGAAAGAUGCCAGUGAUAAUGCUCGAAAAGACUUCCACCGAGAGGCAGAAUUGCUGACUAACCUGCAGCAUGAGCACAUUGUAAAAUUUUAUGGCGUGUGCGUGGAAGGUGAUCCACUCAUCAUGGUUUUUGAGUACAUGAAGCAUGGAGAUCUGAAUAAAUUCCUCAGGGCGCAUGGACCAGAUGCAGUGCUGAUGGCAGAAGGCAACCGUCUAGCUGAGCUGACCCAGUCCCAGAUGCUACACAUUGCCCAGCAGAUUGCAGCUGGCAUGGUUUAUUUGGCAUCACAGCACUUUGUGCAUCGUGAUCUUGCCACCCGGAACUGCCUGGUUGGUGAGAACUUGUUGGUGAAGAUUGGAGAUUUUGGAAUGUCCAGAGAUGUAUACAGUACUGAUUACUACAGGGUGGGUGGUCACACCAUGUUACCCAUUCGUUGGAUGCCUCCUGAGAGUAUCAUGUACAGGAAGUUCACCACGGAAAGUGAUGUUUGGAGCUUGGGAGUUGUUUUAUGGGAAAUCUUCACCUAUGGCAAACAGCCGUGGUAUCAGCUCUCAAACAAUGAGGUGAUCGAGUGCAUCACUCAGGGCCGAGUUCUGCAGCGACCUCGCACGUGCCCAAAGGAAGUGUACGACUUGAUGCUAGGUUGUUGGCAACGGGAGCCUCAUAUGAGGCUCAACAUCAAAGAAAUCCAUUCCCUUCUUCAGAACUUGGCCAAGGCUUCUCCAGUGUACCUGGAUAUUCUAGGCUAGAGCCUCCUAGCAUUUCCUCUUCUGGGCUGUGUGAAUGAAUGUGUUCAACUGCCGCUGAACUCCAUCAAAAUAUGUUCUUAACUCUAACAGCAGUAAUGGUAUGGCAAAGAUGCGGAGAAGCUUUCAAAGGGCAAGCAAUGUGCACUUCUCCAUCUGUAGACACAGUAUCGACUUCUUUGACAUCACUGAGAUGUAUCUCUUUCUGUUUCUCUCAUUUCCUCUCUCUCUCUCUGUCUCCUUCUAUUCAAUCUGGCUUCUGCGUAAUUGUAACUCUGCAUAGACAAAGGCCUUAAAAACCUGAUCUGUUAUAUCAGCAGACACUCCAGAUUGCCCACCACAACUAACAAUGCCUUGUCGUAUUCAUGCCUUUGAUGUGGAUGAAAAAAAGGGAAAAAAAUAUUUGACUUGAACUUUGUGACUUCUGCUGUACAGAUAUUGGGAGUUUCUAUUUAUUCACCUCUACUUUUUUGCUUCGGUGUGUCGGUGGACAAAGAAGAUUGGUGCUCUCUAUGGGAAGCUUAUUUCUAGCUAAGAUAAAGCCAGGUAGAAAGAAAAUGGCAUUGUGAGAACCGCUAUAUGGAGGAACUCUGGGAUCAGAUGGCAUCCAACCCUACUCAGAAACACUGAAAUGAUUUAAUGGGAGGAAAGUAUUCCCUGCUUUCCUCUGGGAGCCUGUCUAAGGAGUAAAGAGAUUGUUUAAAGAGUGUGCUUGGUUAGCACUUUUCAUCACCAGAUCCAGUACAAUGGUCUGUGGUAAAAAGAAAAAGAUGCUGCCUGCAUUGCACUAGAUUACACAACACUCUGAUAAACUAAAUUUCAAUCCCUCAGCAUAUUUUAGAGUAGGCUAUUGUGUAAACACUGGUAUGAACAUGUUCUCCAGCUAACCUUUGGUAAGACAGGCUGAAGCUAGGCUUAUUAAUGUACACUAUGAAUUUCAGGGUCAAGUGUUGAAGCUGAGGACUUUGAUCAGACAGAACAAAGUUGUAGAUGCUGAGGCAAGCUGUAGAUACCAUGCUUGUCAGGCAGCACAUUCCUACUGCUCUCCUCCAUUCCUGUUGUUUUCACUGUGCAAGCAAAAUUGUGCAUGGUCUUCGUCGAUUAAUGCCCUUUGUGCAGAAACUAUUGCUCAUCAUGUUGUACACUCUGAUAGGAAUAGCAAAUCCAUAAGGGAAUAACACGUAUUUAAUUAGAGGGAGCUAAUGGAGGUCAUUAGCUACAUUCAGAUAUUUUUACAUUGUAACAGGUAUGAUAGGCUGAUACUACUCAAAUAAUCUAAAACAUGGAAAUAGCAGAUUAUGUUUGAGCCAUGACGGGGGUAACGGGGAUAGAAUUAAGUCCCUGGAGACAGUUAGAUGUGAUCCUGCAGUUAUCACUUGAUAUUCAUAGCAUACAGAUCCUGAGUUCAUCACUACUCUCUGAUUGAUAUAGUGGUGUCAUUCCCAGCAUCCACAGUUCCUUAAUUAAUUUAUGUCUGGUUGGAAAGGCAUUGUGUGCAUACGGUAUAUGCAUGGCCACUGUGCUGAUGGCAAGUGCAUGGGCAUCUUUGUUUAUUUUUCAAACAGAUGCUGAAGAUUUAAAAUUUAGAUUUAGGAUUAUUUUUCUUAUGAACUUUACAAAUGGAAACAAAUCUUACCUGUUCCUCAAGAACUUUUGCCUCCCUCUGUGAGGGGGCCUGUGCUGCAAAAAAUUGUCCUUUUUAAAAAAAAUUUUUUUGAGCCAGAUCAAAGAGUAAUAGUUCUUCAUCUUUGUGUUGUGGUAUUUUAUUUAAUACGUUAAGCAUUUUAUUUUUGUAAGUGUUCCCAUAAUAUUUUAAUAUAUAGUUUGCUUGCAUAUUUUAUUUAUUGAGGCACUUUCUUUUUUUCCUUCAGUGGCUUUUAAAGCCAGCUCAUAGAGAUUUUGAACAUUUUCAGAAAUAAAGCUAUUGACUGGACAGUGAUGGAGUUGAACCCUCCUCUUUGUCAGUGGGGGAGGGGGAGUGUUAAAAAUAAACUUAACAAUGUAACUAUAAAGCCAUAUGCAGUAUUUCUUUAAUAAACCAGAUAUUAUUUCUGAACCACUAGAACUGGAAAUAAAAAAAAUCAAAUCCAGGAGACGAUUAAUACAAAAUGGGCUUUAUGAUUUUAUCUGGGCUGUCUUAGAAAGUUUGAAUAGCGAUAGCCCUGUUUAAAAAAAAAAACAAUGUUUAGGGAAACCCAUUCUCUUGAGGGUUGAAUUUUAUGUAUUUACGAAAUUCAGUUUCAAUAUAAUGGAAAGUGGAAAAGAAAAUGUAAAGUAGCAGAGUCCACUGAGACUGCACUUUCAGUGUAAAAAGGGAAAGUGUGUUGGAGAAGGGAGGCACAAAAUUCUUAUCUGUUAUAGUCCUUUAUGCCCUUUAGAAAACUAUCCCUUCUGUCUCCAAGAUAUUGUUUUGGCACUAACCUGAAAUCAGACAGGUCGGUUUUGCAAGAACUGAUGGAGUAUAUACCAAAUAUGAAAAAAAAAAAAGUUUAACUGAGUGGUAUCCUUUUUUCAUUAUUAAAAGAGCAUACUAGAGUCAUGUAUGGAGAAGAUGUAGUAUGUUAAAAUACUCUGUGCAACCACCAUAUCAGUAUGUCAAACUUAAAGGACCAAAUGUUCUAUAGAGCCAAAAAUAUGGAUAAAUUUGGCUUAUAUCACACGUCUGACCAGUAUUGCAUAAAAGCUGUAAACAGUGUAGACUGGCUACUAACAAAAUCUAAAUGAGAUUUUUCAUUUAAUCAUAAGAAGGGGUGUAAGUGUAGCAAAAUGGGUGGAAAAGAGAAGAAAUAUUUUCAAAUGGCAAAGCGGGGUGAGUGUAUGUAUAGACAUUUGUCGUGCUUGCAAUUUCAGCCAAAUCUUGUACACUGAGCAAAUAUGACAAUCAGGCUCAUUACAGAAUCUUUCUGGACUAUGCUACAAACUGAUCAUAUAUAUAAUAAAUAUUAUAUAUAUGUGUUUACAUAGUGUAUGUAUAUAUUCAUGGGAUAUACAGAUAUGUAUAUGUGUGUUAUAAAUAUUUGAUUUAUACAUAUGCAGACAUGCAUAUUUAGUAUGUGUGAUUGUGUGUAUAUGUAUAAAUUUACAUAUACAUAUAGUCUAACAGAUGAUAAUUAGGGUACAAUAUUACUAAUAGACUGAUAAAGUUUGCUAAAUAACCAAAAUCUUUUUUCCUUUAAUAUUUCUUUUUCUAUGUUUAUACGAUUUAACUUUUAUGUGAAUGCUGUUCUGCCUGGGAGGAGGGAGUACUAGAAUGCCAGAGAUAUUUUGAACAAUCAACAUUUUUUCCAAAUGAUUGUAUGAACGCAGUCCCUCCAUUAUUGUCUAAUUCAUUGAUUUUUUUGCAGAGAAAUGAAUGGCUUCAAGCUUCCUGGAGGAGAGUUUGGUUUAAAAUCAUUUCUGGUUUUGUGCUAUUAUUGUUGUAUUGUUCCAACAACAGUACUGCAGCUCCACUGGCAUAUUGCACUUCUCUUCAGUUACAGCAUAAUUCCAAGAAUAAGACGGAAUUUUUCAGACUGCAACACAAAUGGUAGAACAAUGGUGAGAACUCCAAAACCCUGCACUAAUAAUGGCAGCAAGCUAGUAUUGGGAAUUUCCCACGUUCCCUCUUUCACUCUCAGUAAAUCUGCAGAACUCAGCAACCAGCUGUGGCAAACAAUAUUUGUAAAGCAACAGCACCCCAUGAGGCAUGUUGUAACUUCUUUUUACAUAGGAGUUCAUUCAUUUUGAUUUAUAAACCAAACUAUUUAUAUAUUGUCUAGUGUUCAAUAAAUAAUUACCAUUUCUCUCUCUCUCUUUCUCUCUCUCUCUCCUUGAAGAUAUUUUUGUUGUGGUUUAUAUGGACUUUCACAGAACACUUUAAAGAUAAAAGAAGCAACCCAAUAAAGCAAUGGAGUCAUUGGCUGACUAAGUUAUAAUGCAUAUAUGUAAUAAGUCUGUCUCCAGGUUGUUACAAACUGUAAAAGAAAUUCAAAUAUUGUUGUAAAAAAGUAGGUGUAGGGUGGGGUUGAUGGUUCUGGUCAAAAGUGAAGGUUUUGAUAGCACAGGAAGCCGUAUUGUUGUCAGGGCAGGGAUGAACCACUACUGCUCUGAAUCAAAAGGUCCUUGAAGAGCCUUAGUUGAUUUAUUUAUUUAUUUUAAAACAUUUUUUGCUACAUUUAUCACAAAUAUGAAGCAAAAAAAAAAAGUCUACAAUGUUGCAGGGAAAACACUGUGAAUUUCACAACAGCAACCAAGUGACUAUUUUGCCAUCUUUUUAAAGUACGUCUCAGGAGAAGAAAUGGGAAACGAUGGGUAUAUUAUUUUAUUGUCUAUGCAUUAUAGGCCAGGUCUAUGGGCUUUUUUGUUUGCUUGUAGAAAGGUCUGACUGAAGACUGGCUGAAAUGUAUUUUAUAAACACAGAAUACUUUGGACAAGCAUAGCAGAAGCUGCUUCUAGCAAGGCUGUUUGACAGGAAGGUAUAAGGAAUCAAAAAUCAAAUCAAAUCUUUUCAGAGGCCUAUAUCUUGCAGCUUAUAUGUAUUGUUCUUUAACUUAAUUAAAAACAAAUGUUGAACAUGCAGCUGAGAAUGUUUUAUACACAAGUAAUUCAAUUCAGUGUAGAUAUUUAAUUACAUCACCAAUAGAGAAAGUUUCAAUUUAUUAUGAAAUAAUUGGCCCAGCCCUGCUCUCUACCUAUACUUCAUGUGUAUAUAUAUAUAUAUAUAUGUAUAUUUCAAAAUGCCAGUCUCUCUCUCUCUCUCUCUGUCAUGAGAGAGACAGAGAAAGUGAGAUAUCUGCAUAUAAAUAUAGAUUGCUAAAUUGUCACUAAAACUGUGACCUGGUGUUUAGAGCUAUCUUUCUCCUUUCUUUUUCUUUUUCUUUUUCAAUGUGAGGUCCCUGUGCAGAUAAUUAAUGGUUCUUGUUUUGCAGUUUGUUAUAGAAAUUCAUUGCUUUAAAAGAUCCAGUGCAUCUUGGCUGAUUUUGAAGUGAUGCCUAAGUAUCAGUGUUAAAAGGUUUGUUUGUGAAUCCUGUGGCCAGCUUCUGUCAACAUGACAUGGAAAGUCUCUUGUACUACAAUGUAUUUAAUACAAAUGAUGUCUUUCAAUAAACAGUGUCAUCAAAAGAAAGACUGUAAGUGAUACAAUGAUGAUUACUUUAAAACUGUACAUAAUUGUCAUGAAAUGUGCUGUGGUAUUUUCUUUUAUUUGAAUCACAAUAAUGAUUGUUUAUAAAACACAAUAAUGAAUGGCUAAAUGUGCUUGGAAAUGUGAUAUAGUUACAGUCUAAAAUAAUGAUUAUAACAGACCCCUACAGGUACUGUAGCUCCUAUGAGAUGAUAGACGCACCACAAAAAAAUACAGUUAUAAAAUUUACUACUUGUAUUUACAUAAUUAGGGCUAUUUUUUUUCAAACAACCGAGUCUUAAAAUUAAUCAAUGGGAAAAUUUGCACAUAUAGGUACAUGUGCAUAUGAAUACUUGUUCAUCAUACAGUUAUCCACUUAGCAUACGCUGCCCUGCAAUAACGUGUUUAUGAGUGGGUAAAAGUAUUUUCUGGCUACUGUUUAGGUGUAUACUUUUAAAAAUGUGUCCCGUAAACCAAAGCACCAUUAACAAACUAGUGCAGAUUAUGGUUUGAGUUUCUUCCUUGUCCCAACAUAGCAUUAAAAUGUUGUGAACAAAUGUAGCAUUAAUUCCAGGCUAAAUAGCAAAGUAGUUGAAACACCUAUAUAGUAAUUUCAAGACAAUGCAGUGUGUAUACAUUCACCUUGGUUUCAUAGUUGAAGAUCCUGCUAUAGGUUAUUCAUUUACUCAAGGCCUUCAAGUAUAAAGAUCACCGAUAGGAAAGCUGUUGAAUGGCUACCUCUGUUUGACUUGGCCAAGAGGUCUGCUUGAGAUUGCAAGAGCUGGCUGUCAACUUUCUAAAAGUUUGAGGGGAAAUUAUCUGGCAAAGAGCAGCCCAGCACAAGACUAGUCUGAUGUUAUAAAAAUAGCAUCAAGAUCCGUGCUCGUGUGACUGCCAACAAGUGGGACUGAACCUGGGACCUUUGAAGCUUAGUUCAUGAGUUUUGCAGCUUGAUCUAUAAAGCCAGUGUGUCUGCUGCUAAGACUGUAGAGGAGACUACAGGUUUUUUCUCUGUAAGUGGUCUAGGUGCCACUACAAGAGACAGUGAACCACAGCCAGGUGGUGUGUGGGUUAGACUAGCAAUGUACUUUCACUUGGAAUAUGUUUCUGCAGCCUGUGGAAGCAAGCCUCCUAGGGUGGGUUGAUAGACUGAGACUAAUAGGGCUCCCGUGAGUGCUCUAAAAGACUUGCGUGGACAGCACUUUAAUGUUGUAGCUCAGGCUGAAGCCCAACCUUUGAAGCCCAGGAAGAGAUGUGGAUUUCAGCCUGCCAACAGGAGGAGGGCAAAGGGGUAGAUGCCCUGGAGCCAGGUGAUUUAAAAUAGCCCAGAGCUCUUGGCCAUUGCUUCUGCAGCAGCAGUGGCUGGCACCCCAAGCUUUUAAAUCACCACCAGAGCCCCAAGUAACACAUGGUGGCGCUGCAGGGCUGACUAGGAAGGAGGAGACUAGCCCCAGCCCCACCCUCCCAUCUGAGAACCUGCCCUUUCCAGGAGCACGGAGCUGCCCCUCCACCUGGCCCAGGAUCCCAGUGAGCCUCACCAACCCUCAAAGCUUGGUGGUUGUGCUGAAAUGUAUCUCCUAUCCACGAUGGUCUUGGCUCAACUUGAAAACUGGCUUGUUUGUGAUUGAACUAGAUACACUAAACCACUUGAAGUGGAAAAAAUUUCCUUGUAUCCACACUUCCUGGGCUGAGUGGGAUUAUGUUUUUCCACUUGUUCCCACUUGUUCCAAGUAGUGUCUUAAGCCAUUUCACAUAAACCUGGCCAUAAAUUCUAGAUGUUGUUGCCAGCCACACAUGUGCACAGAGAGACUGUAAGGGGAAGCCUAGGUGAAUUGUUGCAGCUUGUCUGUGAUCACACUGACACUAAACUAGUUAAGCCUUAACUAGUUAUUUAUGCUGUGAAAGAUAACCUUUUCUAGCUGUUUAUGUAUGUGCACCCUUCUGCAAACAUUACUAGGGUUAUAAUAACUGAUUUAAGUUCUCUAGAGCUAUGUGCAGUCUGCAGGCUUCUUUUGGAAGCGAUCUGUUUUUUCAAAAAAAAAAAAAAGUCCAUACUGAAUGGACGCUGUCUUGCA